GUGGCUUUAUUAUUUUGGCUAUUGUGAUGAUAUGAUAAAUUGACACACCUCCGGAAGAGUCACGUGUGAAAGAUUCAUAAGAAAUAGAAGAACUUUCUACGUUUACAAGAAAGCAAAGUACAUCACAAUAUGUCGAGUACAAAUGAAAUCCCUGAAUUUCAGGUGUUCAAAACGGUAUUCUUUCACUGCAUUAUUAUAAUCGUGAUGCCAGUGAUAUCAUUUUUCAUUUCGAAAGUUUUCCUUUUCGACGGACUCUUCAAUAUGGACACAGUGCCGAGCAACGUCUACGCUGCAGUAGUUUCCAUCGUUGUACUACACAUCGCCCUGGGCUCAUUUAUUUAUAGAGCAUACUUUGAUUCGCAGCCUAAAACACAAUCAAAGAUAGACUAACUUUUCUAUUAUAACAUUCUGAACAAGGGAGUGAAUUUGACCUGCUCAAGUACCAAAUACAACAGCAACCAGAAGAGAAAGGGUGCUUGAGAUUUGCAAAAUUUGCAAGAAGUGCAGAGUUGUCACCCUGUAUUUUUCAACAAAAAUGAGAUCACAAUCUCAAGAUCGGAUUAUGUGUAUUAACAUUGUGCAUAUUUGGUGUAUUAACGUCAAUUUCGAAUGUUCACAAAUCAGUUAAAUCAAUGAACUUGACUCAAGUAUACAUCCUAUUACAACAAACAAAAAUAACUCACGCUUGUAUAUAAUACGACCCAACUUUUAAGAUAGCUAUGGGCUUACAUUAGCAUUUAUUUUUUGAGUACUUAAAUGCAUGUAGAAACUAAAUUCAAACUAAAUCUGCACCUAUUGCAUAACAUUCCUACAUAUUUAUAAUGUAGUUUUGUAUGAUCAUUUCAUGGAAUUGGUUACUGUACUGUUUCUUUAGAAUAAAAAACUAACAACUUCUGAUGAAGUUUAAAGAUA